GUUUUCCUUCCAGAGUAAGUGGGCUGUCUUGUAGGAGGUGAUCUGAGGUAGGACGUGUGCGACCAGGGAAGUGGGAGCAGGGACCAGACGGAGGCCUGCCCGUCGUGGCAUUUGCCAUGGCGCUUUCUUCGUCUCCUAGCUUCCUGGAUUCUUGGGUUCCUGGGUUCCCCUGGCGGGCGCUUCCGUCAUCGUCAGCAACAGGCCAAGCGGCAACCAGCCUUGAAUCCUCAAAAGCACCGUCAGCUUCUGGUGGCCAAUCCUUCCCGCCCUGCCUGCCCAGUGCCAACUCAGCUUUCCCGUCCUCACAUCACGACGACCAAGGCGACAAAGUAAACACAAAGUAAACAACACCAAGUCUUGUCGCAAAGCGCACAGCGGCUACCGAACCAGUCAAUCUAUCGCGUAGACACGGGCGAUAGCUAUUAGGCCUUGUCAACUCUGCCUGUUCUUGGCUGAGUCUGUUGUGCUGAUUUAUGCACCGAAUUCGUACCUGGGCGAGGGCGAAGGCCCAUGGCGGUGAUCCUCGCUCAAGAAUAGUCACCUCGUCGCGCCCCGCCAGCGUCCCGCGAUCCUCCACCGGACUAUCGUCUUCGUCGUCUCCCCGUGCGGCCCAGACACAGAACAACCAUGAUACUUUGGCAGGCGGGAGCGAUCCGGCCACGGCCGAUGGAGAGAAGAAGCCAGAGACAGAGAAGAAGCCGGUUAUGACCCGGUUCUUCAAUGUCAUCAGGAAUGUCUUGAUGUCCAGCUGGAUCAAUGUCCUCCUCGUCUUCGUGCCUGUCGGCAUUGCCGUGCAUUUCGCCGGCCUUUCUGAUGGAAUCGUAUUUGCCAUGAACGCCAUCGCCAUCGUGCCCCUGGCAGGUCUCCUCGCCCAUGCAACCGAGAGCGUCGCAAAGAGGCUGGGCGACACCGUUGGCGCUCUGAUGAACGUCACCUUUGGCAAUGCGGUGGAGCUGAUCAUUUUCAUCAUCGCUCUGGUCAAGAACGAGAUCCGCAUCGUCCAAGCGUCACUUCUCGGCUCCAUCCUGGCCAAUUUGCUCCUCAUCCUCGGCAUGGCCUUCAUGCUUGGCGGUCUGAAAUACCGCGAGCAGAUUUACAAUAGUACUGUGACCCAGAUGAGCGCCUGUCUGCUCAGUCUCAGUGUCAUCUCUCUUCUCCUGCCUACCGCUUUCCAUGCCUCCUUCAGCAGCAGCUCCGAGGCAGACAUCCAGGUUUUGAGGGUCAGCCGCGGUACCAGUGUUAUCCUGCUGCUGGUAUACGCCCUCUACCUGGUCUUUCAGCUCAACUCUCACGCUUAUAUGUACGAGUCGACCCCACAGCACAUUAUCGAGCAGGAAUCAGUCCCCGGGCCCGCAGCACAUUACUUUGAGUCUUCGGACAGUUCAGAUUCCGACUCGUCAUCAAGCUCCGACUCCGACUCCUCUGGCCACUCUGUGAGCACGGCCAAGAAGAUCAAGCGGGCCAUCAGGAAGGGCAGGAGUCGCAAGCAGAGCAUGGUCUCGGCUGAUGCCGAAAAGCCUUCUACUGUUUCGUCGUCUGGCUCGCCUGCCGUGGAGUCCCCGUCCGAGGCGGUCGAGCGGUCAGUCAGUGAGCCCACAGCGUCCUCCAGUCAGGAGCCGGUCACGCUUCAACUCACCGAGGAAGCAGCGCAAGCCCUGGACGACGCAGAAGAAGGGAGAAAGAAGAGGAAACACAAGCAUAAGAGCCACCACAAGAGCAAGGACCGGGAUCGCGACGAUGCAGAAGCUGCGGCCGCAGCUGGCGUGCCUGCCAGCGCUGUGAAUGGCGAUGCUGUGGAUCCCGUCGGCGAUACAAACACCAAGCGUGUUGACUUUGCUGUCGGGCCGGACCUCGAGGCCCAGCCUUCCACGACCCGGCCGAAGCCGUUCUCGCUCCGCACUCUGCGCCCUAACCUGGCUAAGAACCUGUCCCAGAACGUCUUCAUGAGCCCUGCCAACGUGGCCAAUCAAGCUGCCCAGGAUCAGAACCAGCAUCACCCCCAUGGUACUCGCCCGGGCCUGCGUCGGACCCAGUCCAUGCCCUCACAGAAUCAAUACUACCGUGCCCAACCCGGCUCCUUGCCCCCAAUUGUACCCAUCGUCGUUAACAGUCGUCCCCUGGCAGCAGGCGCCAACGAGGAGGAAGACGACGAACCCGAGAUCUCCCGCACCUCUGCUGUGCUCCUGCUUCUCGGUUCAACGGCCCUGGUCGCCCUGUGCGCCGAGUUCAUGGUCGACGCCAUAGACGGCGUCGUCUCUGGCCAGUCGGGCGUCUCCGAGGCCUUCAUCGGCCUGAUCCUCCUGCCCAUCGUGGGCAACGCGGCCGAGCACGUGACGGCCAUCACGGUGGCAGUCAAGAACAAGAUGGACCUGGCCAUCGGCGUCGCCAUCGGGUCGAGCAUCCAGAUCGCCAUCUUCGUGACGCCGCUCGUCGUCGUGCUCGGGUGGAUCAUGAACAAGGAGAUGAGCCUGUACUUCACCCUUUUCGAGACCAUUAGCAUGUUCGUCUCGGCCUUCAUCGUGAACUUCCUCGUCCUUGACGGCCGCAGCAACUACCUCGAGGGCGCGCUGCUGGUCGCCGCGUACGUCAUCAUCGCCGUGGCGGCCUUCUUCUACCCUGACAGCGACGAGGCGAACAGUAUCGGCGGCGGCGAGGACAAUAACAACGCCACCGCGGCCAAGAGGGAGGCUGUUGCGCUUGCGGCGCGGGGUAUGGCGCACCUGGUUGGGUGGCAAUGACCGUGGUUUUUGAUCGGGGAUGUUGGGGGUGGUUCUUGUUUCCCGUGGCAACCUGUUUUGAGAGUGGUCGUCUGAUGACCAAGGUGUUAAGGGCUGUCUAUGAGAAACGGGGAUGAUAUUUGCUUCUUUCUUUCUUUCUUUGUUAUGGCCCCCUCUCUCCUGCUCGUCGCGAAUGCCUGGAAAUGGCCCUGCUGGCGAGAGUUGGACGGGGGCCAAGGCGAGGCUCACCGUUCAGGUGGCCCGCCCAGCGGAUGAAUAUACCCAGCCACACCCGCUUUUAAAUGUAUAUGUUUAGAUAGGCCUUCCUGACUGGUGAUGGCUGCCUAGCGAAUGUGCAAUAUGAACACGGAUGUUUUGCACACCA